GCUCACAUUCCACUCGAUCAUUCUCCGCCGUCCCUUUCAGAGGGAAAAGGGGGCUGGGCAAGAGUCGACAGGAGGGGAAGUGUCAAAGAAACCUUUUUUUUGACAACAUGAACAACAGUUUCUUGAACAUGGCGUCGAUCGGCGACCUCGACCCGCUGAACGCGUCAAUCCCUGCCACCAAAGUUGAAAUCACAGUGUCCUGCAGAAACCUGCUGGACAGAGACACCUUCUCCAAAUCAGACCCAAUUUGCGUUCUCUACACACAAGGCAUGGGCAACAAGGAGUGGAGAGAGUUUGGGAGAACAGAGGUGAUUGACAACACACUUAAUCCGGACUUUGUGCGCAAAUUCAUUUUGGACUACUUCUUUGAAGAGCGGCAGAACCUUCGAUUUGACUUGUACGAUGUAGACUCCAAGAGUGCCAACUUGUCAAAACAUGACUUUUUGGGCCAGGCCCACUGUACUCUGGGAGAGGUGGUCGGAUCUUUGGGCAGCCGCUUAGAAAAGCCUCUGGGAGGCAUUUCCGGAAAAAAAUGCGGCACUAUUAUUGUGAAAGCCGAGGAACUGAACAACUGCAGGGAAUCAGUCAUGAUGCAGUUUUGUGGCAACAAGUUGGACAAGAAGGAUUUUUUCGGCAAGUCCGACCCCUUCCUGGUCUUCUAUAGGAGCAAUGAGGACGGCACGUUCACCAUCUGCCACAAGACAGAAGUAGUGAAGAACACAUUGAACCCAGUGUGGCAGGCUUUUAAAAUCCCUGUUCGGGCUCUUUGUAAUGGUGAUUAUGACAGAACAAUCAAGGUCGAAGUGUACGACUGGGACAGAGAUGGCAGUCACGACUUCAUUGGAGAGUUCAGCACCAGCUACAGAGAAUUAUCCCGAGGGCAGAGCCAGUUUAAUGUCUAUGAGGUGAUAAAUCCAAAGAAGAAAGAAAAAAAGAAAAAAUAUCUCAACUCUGGAACGGUAACACUGUUGUCGUUUCUGGUGGACAUUGAAGUCACCUUCCUGGACUACAUUAAAGGAGGUACAAGACAUGGAACGGGAUGUGUUCGAACAACAUAUAUCCAUUACAGUGAAGAUUGUUUUCUUCAUAGAACCUGGAAUGGUAGAAUUCACAAUAGCAUCAUUGCUCAUACUGCCACCAUAUAUACACUGCAACGCUUCAUUCUCUGCUCUGUAUUAACUAUUAUGCCUUUUUCUUUUGGUGGCUGGAUUCUUUUUCGGUGAUGGUUGGAGUUCUGGUAUGUUACCGCUGUAUGUACUGCCCAUAAAAUAUGAUAUCUCAGUCCAUGUGGGCACUUUCUUAUAACAGCACAGUCCCAAGAAAGCCUGAUCCAGUUGAGCAAUCUCAAGACAUCAGAAGCAGCAUUUGGUACAAAUGAUGAACGCUGAUGAACAGACAAGGUGGAAGAAGAUGGAAGUCCAAUAAUAGGAUGACAUCCAAGUUACAUGUAUAGUCUUCAGCAUAGUUAUGUCUUGUACUUUUUGCUGUUGACACUAAAUUUAUAUGUUAUUGUUAUUAUUGUUGUUUUGUGUCAUUAUUAUUAUUGUGAAUUUGUCCGAAUAAAACUGUAUGUAGAUUGCUUUAAUUGAGCUUGCAUUCACCAGAUGUUACAAACUGCUACACAAAUAACGAAUGCAUCGAAGCUCACGUCAGCCACCAUACUGUCUGCUUAACAACCCGUAUCGUGACGUGGAAAACUUGGCUGUGAGACAACCAAAGACAGAAUGACCGAGCCAACACAGAGCUCUUACUCCAAAGUGCAUUCCCGUGUGUGCACUCAUGCAUUGUGUUUCAACACUCGCUUGUGUGACCUUGUGUGUCUCUGUGCACAUGUUCCGCUUGUACAUACGGGGAAGACUGUGCAACUAGGCGAAGUAUACAAUGUCAAUGGUGGGAGAAACACACAAUUUUAGCCCCUUUGUUAGCUCCAACUUCCAGCUUACUUUACAAUCCGAAACACAGUAUCAGAAUACAAAGUACAGCGUCUAGAGGGGAGAUGCAUAUAUAUGUUUAAAAUGCUGUUCUUCUCGCCCUGCGAUUGGCUGGCGACCAUGGCCACUAGGGGAAAGGGGCGUUUCAGCGAGCAGUGACGUUCAGUGGCCAAAAACACAGGAAUACCCUUUUAAUUAACUAAUUACCGGUAACCAUCCCACUGAACCGAACUAAAUGCCUUCACCCUGCUCUUUAAACCAGGGAUGUCCAAAGUUCGGCACAGGGGAAAUUUGCUGCCUUCAUGUUGUUUUUUAUUGGCCCACAGCAUCCACAGCCCACAUUAGAUUUUUAUAAAAGAAGAACAGGAUUAUAAAGGGCAAAAUGUCACCAUUUUAAUAAUGAUUUGAUGUUUUUUGUUUAAUAUUUAGCAUAGCUUGACCUCCAUGGGAUUGGUUUUAGCAUAUUUAAUCAUCAUAACGGUGAAGUAUAUAAAAAGUUUCCCCAGCAUCUUUUGUUUCUUUUCUGUAUAAACUUUAGACAGUCCUGCUUUGGCCUAACUAAAAGAUAAAAACUGGAGGAAACACACUGUUCUAAAGUAAGAAAUUAGUUCUACAGGUAGGUAUACGGCUUACAAAACCAUUCGGUCCAGAACACCAUCCAAUUGGCUGCACAGCAGCCGAGUAGUUGGCGCGCAGGCCUCACAGCUAGGAGACCUGAGUUCAAUUCCACCCUCGGCCAUCUCUGUGUGGAGUUUGCAUGUUCUCCCCGUGCAUGCAAACCGGAUACUCCCGUUUCCUCCCACAUUCCAAAAACAUGCUAGGUUAAUUGGCGACUCCAAAUUGUCCAUAGGUAUGAAUGUGAGUGUGAAUGGUUGUUUGUCUAUAUGUGCCCUGUGAUUGGCUGGUCACCAGUCCAGGGUGUACCCCGCCUCUCACCCGAAGACAGCUGGGAUAGGCUCCAGCAUACCCGCGACCCUAUAGUGAGGAUAAGCGGCAUAGAAAAUGGGGUACACCAUGGACUAGUUGUCAGCCACUCACAUUCAUAUCUAUAGACAAUCGCCAAUUAACCUAACAUGCAUGUUUUUUGGAAUGUGGGAGGAAACCGGAGCACCGUCAGAUGAGAACCAUAAAAGAUAUACUGUUAAAGUGUAAAAUGUACCUGUAAAAAUGUACAUGUAAAAGAUACCAUCCACAAAAAUGCACUUUAGCUCAUAAUUUAGCUAGGAAAUGAAUAAUUUGGAGCUUAGCAGUAAUUCUUUAACCCAGUGUCCCAGUACUUGUGUCUAUAUAGUGUGUUAUGCAUUGCCCAUUUUUCCAGUGUGGCUUUUGGAUUGCUACACUUGAGGUUCUCAUUAGGGGUGCUGUGAAAAGAAAACAGCAGAUCAAUAUGCCAUUGAUUGACAUGGCAGGAUGUGAAAUAGUUCAGGUGAAAGACUGAUGGGUUGUUCAUUUUGCAUGCACACAGUCCACUCCUGUGGUACACGUGUUCACCAUGUGCCCUUCGCUCAUGUCUCCUAAUGGAGAAACAUGGUCUCGUGCAUCGUUCCAAACAAUAUUUCAUUUUCCGCAGCACUGGCGGGGCCGUCGUUUCCACUGUGAGCUGCAUGCUUAUGCGGGCAAAUAAAGUGCCAAGCGGUGUAUCACUGCUUGAGAUCUAAAUGGACUGUAAUGGUCCAGUUGCAGUCAUAAGCGCAUAAUGGGCGCCCAAACACGCCCGUGCUUGCAUACACAAAUACUCCUAAAUCACUCAAGCCAUGCCCUGAAAUCCCUUGUAUGUGUGUCUAUUUUCAUAUUUCCUUCUGUCUCCUUGUACGCUUCUUUCCUCCCGACUGCGCUCUCAUCCCCUGAUUGGCAGCUCUUUUCGGCGCCUCAACCCAAUCAGCUAAUUGUCCAUUUGGACGUAAUUAGGUGCAUGAUCGGCUGACUGCAUUUGCAUAAACGACUGAUUCGGGAAGGCUCCAUCUCAAUCCAGAGCAUCACUGCUCUCAUUCUUUUCAUUGCGCCUGAUAAAGUGAGGGCACCACCCAUGGUUCCAUAGAAAGGAGCCUCCUUUCACGAGGUCGCGGAUAAAAAUGAGCAGUUGUUGGCCAUAUCUUUCUUUUGGAUCCACGUCUUUGAUGGCUGCUCUGUCACUCAUGGUGACAGAUAUUGUCUCCUCUUAUUUUGGUUGGUGAAUUGACUAUUGAAACCAGAAUAGAAGCAGGAGGAAACCAUGCUUGUAUUGAAACCAUUGUGAGGAGAUGUCAUUUCAGUGCCAGAACAAAGAUUUGAAAAGCAUGCAUCCAAUGAAAAUGAUGAGAUUUUUAUGCCACUGCUGCUGUCAAAAUUGUAUAUGAGAUGUUUACCUUCUCCCAUCACCAUGUGAUUGGACACUUCCCAAGCUGCAACAUCUGUGUGCAUAUUAUGAGAAUUGGUCACAUGGCACAUUUGUAGGCCACUGUGGAAAAUGGUGUGAAAUGAGUUGUUAGGGUGGGGUGCAGUACUGUUUGCAACCAAUAGAGACGUCCCGACUAGAAGAACAACAAACACACACCAGUGACCUACAGAGAUACAGACACAAGCUCAGAAAAUAGUGUCUCAAAGGUUGGAAAAGUUCACAAACAACAGAGGGGUUCUGAUGUUAAUCUUAAGCUAAAGGUGAUCCACCCCUGAUGCUGUUUUUAGGCCGCCUUGUGCCUUCAUGCGGGAACCUAAGACGAGAGUGGACGCACUGCACACCGUCUUAAAGGAUUUUUCUCAUUUCGACGACAAACACUGCCUAUUGUGAAUUCUGAUCCGCAAUUAAAGACAACAUUUCUUCACAAGCGAGGUAAAUGCUACUUAUUAGAGGUAUGCUUGAACAGAUGAAAAUAGGCACUUUUGUCGAGUGCUGUUGCCAAGCAACCAAAUUAGGGAGCCUGUCCGUCCAGGAGCACCGCAGGUGUUCCAAGCAUGCAAACCUUUUUUUUUUUUUUUUUUUUCAAGUGAAAUGACUUUCAUGGGUGCCUAAUUAUGGCAACUUCUACAUAAUCUGGAAAAUGAACUGCUUCAUGUGGAUGUUACAACCUAAAAACUUGGAUAUCCUUCAUCUUACAUGCCAGACUAUUUUUCUAACCUUAAAGGUUCAUCAUUGUCAUUCAGCCAUAUAGCUCUGCUGAUUAUUUGCUCUCUGUCUGUGCACGUAAAAACAGCUAUUUGUUAUAGUUAGGUAAAUAUCAAGGUGGGUUUGGGAAAUAUCCAAGUACCUUUAUUUUGUUUUGUCUGACUUUACAGCCUUAUGUAGUUCAUCAUAUUUCAUAUUUUUCUGAUUCAUGCUACUGUGUGAAGGUUAGCAAGGUACUAAUAAAUAGUGCAUCUUCACUAUGUUAUGGAAUUUUCCACUGAAACUUCCACUCUUACAGAUUUUGCAACACAUAGCAAGAUGCACCGGAUUAUAAGGCAAAUUCUUAAUUUUUUAGAAAAUUAUAGUGCGGAAAAUACAGCAUAUUAUAUAUUACCAUGAGAUGACAUUAUUCCCAUACUACUAUUCUAUUCUGAUCUGUGUCCAUCUCAUCCUGUCCCCCUUGAGUGUCCAAUGACGGUGGAUGAUAUCUUGUAGAGCCUCGACUUCACAAGGCCGGGUGAUGUGACAAAUAGGAUGACGCUGAUGGCUUCCUCAAAUGGCGACAUUACAUGAGCUUGAGUGGCAUAAAAAAAUACAAUAUGCAAGAUUGAUGUUUUUAGCACGUUUCUAAAAGCAGGCACAGGAAGAACCAUCAGACAAAUAGCAUUCAAUACUGCUGUUUGCACGGGGACAGAAAGGGAUUGAGACCAUGUUUGAUUAAUGAAUCAUUUCCCUGCCUUUUUUUUUUCU